AUGGAAGAGUGGGUCAAAGGACUCUCAGUGUUACUUCGAGGUGAUCUUCUCGAGAAAGCUCUCUUUACAUUUUCCGUGUACGACUUAAACGACGAUGGGGUGAUAUCAAGGGACGAGAUUUUCCAAAUGCUAAGUUUGAGUUUGGCCAAUCAAGCUGACAACGAGGACAACGACGAAGUCAUUAGAGACCUUGUGGAAUACGCCUUUAAACUACUAGUUACCAAUAUUUGCGCUUACUCAACCUUAGACGUCAAUCAUGAAGGAAAAAUAACCUCCGAGGUUUACUUGAAAGCAGUUCAGAGGGAGAUCUUGCUGCUGGAACUUCUUGGACCUUGUUUACCGACAGACCUCGUAUGA